AUGGCCGCCUACAUCCGCACAUUGGCUCGCAUUGCCACCCGCGUCUCAACGCCAUCGACCGUGACCUUCGCUCGCCAGGCCCCUGCCGCCAUGGUCGCCCGUCACUACUACGCCUUCCGUCCCACACAGAUCGCCUCAAAGAAGAAGCACGCGGCUAUCAUGGAUGAGGACGACGAGGAGCUCGAGGCCGAGUUGCGGGAACUGGAAAGAGAGAAGCGCGAGCAGGAGGCUUUGGAACGUGGCGAGACUCUCGACGGCUCUGUUGCCGAUGGCGCCGAGGAUGACAACAACAACCGAUUCCAGGAACAAUACGAUAUCCUCCUCGAGAAGACCGCCCCCUCAUCCCCCCAGCACGAAUUGCCCCGUCACUCUGCUCUCUUGCACUUGACCAACACCGUCUCGACCCAAGAGCAGGCACAGUCGAUCCCUCAGUUGGUCCAGCAGUGGCGUCGUCGGGAACUUCCUAUCUCUGUCUUGCUCUCGGACAAGCUGAUCAAGGCUGUCUGCAAGGCUGGAUCCCCCGAGACUGCUUUGGUGUUGUUGGGUGAUCGCGAGACUUAUGCCUUGGCCCCUGGUCAAGGUACCAUGCGUCGUGUUGUUCGUUCGUUCGUCAAGGAGGUUGCUGCUGCUCCCGAGAGCUCAGUGUCUGAGGAGGGUCUGGAGAAGCUGGAUGGUGCCUUCAAGGUUAUGGCCUUGAUUCCAUACUACAACUUGGCUGCUGAUGACUCGUCCGUCUAUGCCAACUUGGUCCGUGGAUCAUUAAUCUACGGAAGUGAGGAGGGUCUUAGGAGGGCUAGCGUGACCAUGGAUGAGUACCUGUUGAUUGAUGGAGAGAGGGAGACCCCCUUGACUCGCAGGAGGGCUGCUGAGGUCGUUGCUGCUGCUGAGCAGUUGGUCAAGGCCUAUGAGGCCAAGGGUGAUGCUGACAAGGCUAGCGAGUUGAACAAGCAUGUCGCCCAGUGGAAGAAGAGCAUUUAA